AUGGAUUUGAAGAAGGUUACAUUGAGUCUUGUUGGUGAAAGCGAGUGAACCUUGACGAAAGUUCUGACGCCUUCUCCAGGGUUGAAGGCAAGUGGCGUUGGUUAGACAGUCCUGCCUGAACAGGGAAUCUUCUGGUUAUCCAUCUAUAUCCAGGUCUGACCUCUGGGAAAACUGACUCACCUUCUCUCCUGCAAUCCAGAAGCAUAUGGCCUCUGCCUGGACCGAGGAGGAAACCUUUGUCUGCUCAGUAUGCCUGGACACCCUGAAGGACCCAACCACUCUACCCUGUGGACAUUCAUACUGCUUGGAAUGUAUCAAGAGCCACUGGGACAAGAAAAACAGCAAGGGUCAGUACAGCUGCCCCCAGUGUAGACAGGUCUUCAACCCUCGGCCCCCGCUGGCUAAGAGCACUGUCCUUGUGGAGGCUCUGGAAAAACUGAGAACCAACAGCCUCAAGCAAAGCUCCUCCACAGCUGCCUCCUCAGCCCCACCAUCGAUGCCUGUCUACCUGAAGGUCCUACCAGAUACAGGGCCGCAGCAGGGCAGCGUGAACCCUCAGCUUCCCACAGUGGGCCCCAGACCCUGCCCUAAACACAACCGACCCCUGGACCUGUUUUGCCACGAAGACAAGGAGUGUGUUUGUGAGGUGUGUUGCCAGCACGGACACAAGGGACAUCAUGUACUCACGCCACAGGACGAGAGGAAGGAGAGACAGAAAGAGCUUGUUCAGAUGCAGACAGAGGUACAGAAGAGAAUUCAGAAGACUGAAAAGAAGCUUAAGGAGCUCCCACCUGUUGCUCGCCAACACAAGGCCCUGGUCAAGGCUGUAGAGCAAGAGAGCACAGAUCUAUUUUCAGAGCUAGCCAAGACAGUGAGUCUAACAGGCACCCAGACUGGUGAGCUCCUCAGCACCCAUGAGACCUCCUUAGGCAGCCAGGUUGAGGGGCAGAUCCACAGACUGGAGCAGGAAGUGGUACAGCUCCGCUGGAAGAGUGAAGAGCUGAGCAGAAUAGCCGACAUACAGGACCAUGUAUGCUUCUUGAAGAGUUUCCUAACCAUGGAGCCGCUGGGUCAGAAGGGUGCCACAGGAGAGUCAGUGCUGAGUCAUGAGGAAGCUUUGGUAGCCUCUAUCCGCUCAGCCAUGAAGGAGCUACAAAUGUCAAUACAGGACCUCUGCAAAGCCAGCCUGGCCAAGAUCGUCUCAUUAGUGAAUCAUGACCUUGUGGCUUCAACACCCAAUGAUGCAGUAGCAGGCGCUACAGCAGCUGCUAACUGUGCUCAGGCCAAUACGCAAAACACAGUGUAUGAAAUGACAACGGAGCUUCCACCGUUGCCACCACCACAACCCCAAGGGCAUGAGUCUUCAUUCAAAUAUCCAGCUUUAUAUCCUGCAUGUCCUCAAGCUUCAGCCCCGCCUCCACCCCUCCCUCUUCCUCGACCUCAAGAACCUCCUGUAACAAUGGUUGGACAUGGGAAUCCAGAGCCGUCUAGAGAAGAAUUGUUUAAAUUUCGCUUUGAACCCACCUUGGACCCUAACACGGUGUAUCGCCACGUGCAGCUGUCAGAUGGAGGUCAAAAGGCCACAAUGCGGUCUGAAAACCUGAACCCACCAGACAAUCCUGAACGCUUCCACUUCUGGAGACAGGUUCUCUGCAGAGAAGCCCUGGCUGGGAGCCCUUACUACUGGGAGGUGGAGUGGACUGGCCAGAAGAUCACCAUUGGCGUGGCCUACAAGGAGAUGGAACGUAAAGGUUCUGAUGACAAAAGCCGUUUGGGCCACAAUCCGCUGUCCUGGAGCUUGUACUGGUCCGGGACUGGCUUCUCCUUCUGGCACAAUGGGCAGGAAAAACUCCUCGGUUCACCUAAGGCCAAACGGAUUGGCGUCUAUCUGGACCAACAUGUAGGGAUUCUGGCCUUUUACCGCAUCACCAAAAACCAGGCUGACCUCAUCCAUCGGCACCUGACCCAGUUCACUGGCCCACUGUACCCAGGUUUCAGGUUCUGGGCAGGAGCAGGGACCACACUGACUGUUUGCAAGUUGGAUUAAGUUUCAUAUGAAUGAUGGGCUGUUGUUUUUGGAUAUAACCUGCUUGUCUGGUUUUGAGCAUUCGACACUGAAAUUCUGAUGAGGAAGUAAACGUCUUCUUGCUCUGGGCAUACAGAACUGUUCAGGAAUGUCUGGUUUUCAUAAUAUUUUUUUUCACCAACUUUUAUUGAUCUGAUGUAAAUCUUCUAAAAAUGACUUUGUAACUUAAUAAAAGAGUACUAAACACACA